CACACAAAGAAACUCAAUGAGUUAAACGUAGAGAAAAAGAAGAAAGAAGAACAACUGAAAGAACUAAGUACAGAGGAAUAUGCGAAAAAAGUGUCAGAAAAAGCAACAGAAGUAGCAAAAAUGGAACAAGAUGUCAUAAAUUUGAAAAACCAUACUACUCGAUAUAAAGUACUGAAAGAUGAAGAAAUAAAACAAAAAGCCCUGAAGACAUAUAUGGAUAGCGAUGAGUAUAAAAAGGAAGUUGAAGCAAAUGUAAAGGCAGAAAAACUUUUACAGUUGCAAAACCAAACCGUACAGUAUGAAAACUUAGCACAAGAAAGUAAAAAUAACGACGCGGCUAUGCAAAAGGCAAUGAAAAGCUCAGAAUAUAUAAAAGCUAACAAUGACUGGUUAGAUGCCCAAGCCAACGCUAAAGCAGCCCAGCUUAUAGGGUCAAUAAGGACAAAAAUACAAGCGGAUGAAGACAGUUCAAAUGAAGCUUUAACAAAUGCUGACUUUAAGAACGCCUUCGAAGCUCUUCAUAGUAAGGUGAAACAAGUGAACGACUUCUCAUCUGGAAAGAAACUGAAGUCUGAAGGUUUCGACAAAGAGUUAAGAGAAGUAGCACAAAAUAUGACGAAAAUAACAGAUGCAGCAACGAGACAGGCAGUUCAAAGUGCCUAUGACGCCGUUAGAGCAACUGUUGUGGAAAGUCAAGAAAAAGAGUUACAACAGACCAAAACAGACCUAGUAAAUGCUUUCUUAAAAACGAAAAGUCAGGUAGGACAUUAUGCUGCAGAUGGAACAUAUGUGCCAGCUGGUGGAACUUAUAUACCACCAAACCCUCCAAGAGAAGCACCUGCACCAGGACUACCUAA